AUGAAGGCCAUGUUUCAACGAAAGUUUAUGCAAAUAAUCCCUUAUCGAAUCUUGUUUGCUAUUGGUUGUCUAGACAUGCUGAGCAUUGUUUUGAACUCGAUUUUGCCAGGCUAUUGGCUCAUCACCGCUCAAUCGUUUUGUGAAAGUCCGUUGCUGAAUUUGUACAUUGGAUCGUUUACUUUCCCAUCUUGGGCAGCAUAUGUUGGUCUCAACGUUUCACUCAGUAUCAAUCGACUCAUCGAUUUCACAUGGCCAAGCUGGGAGAUGAAACUAUUUGGUGGGAAACGGAUCGUUUUAUGGACCGGUUUACCGACACUCUACGGUUUAUUUCUUUAUUUUUUCUUGCCUCCAAUGCUUUACUAUCCUGGGACGGGUGGUUACUAUUUUGGGAUCGAACCGGGGAAAAUUGAGACACCGCUCUACUAUUCAAUUAGCGACGCUAGCGUGGCGACAAUAAUGUUGCUUCUGAAUUUGCUUAUGAUUAGAGCCAUGUACCGGAGAAAUGCGGCGAUGAUGACAAAAUUGCAACGAGUGAUUAUGAUUCAAUGCCUUGGGAUGAGUGUGACCGUUUUGUUAUGUGCUUGGCUUUAUGUGUUGAUGCAAAUCGUUCCGAUGCCUCAAUUCAUGGUCACUGGCGCAAAUUUGUUUUGGAUUUUGUCGAAUGGGAGCAUGAUGAUUUUCUAUCUUUUUGUCAACAAAGCGAUGAGGAAAGAAGUGCAAAAGAUUUUGAGGAAACACUGUUUGCUGAAAGUGAAACCAAAGCCUGUUUAUGGUUGUGAAUGUAAA